UCCUGCACGUCUAGCAUUUAAACGAGCGCCGGGGGCGGCGGGAUGCUGCUGCGGAUGCGGAGCUGUGUGCGCCUCCACCUACUCCCAGCAGCCUGGACACCGCAGCAGCGGGGCUCCAGAAUCCUUUAGCCACCUAACUGGGGAGACCCAGAACUCAUGCUUCGGCUUCCCGGCAGGUUCGUCUUUAAUUUCCAAGGUUGCAGUUCUCCUGACACGAUCCGCAGCAUCCUCUUCCCCAACCCCGCUGUGGAUGAAGCUGGGGCUGGACUGGAUCCAGCAGCUGGGGCAGCCCCGGCCAUGGUGUAUCUGAGCCCCGAGCUCUGGUAAGGCAGCUGUGGCGGCGUGGUUCGAGCUAGGCGGGUGCCACUCCCGGGAGCCUUCUUCCAGCUGCCACAAUGUUCAGCUGGCUGGGUAACGAUGAUCGCCGCAAGAAGGACCCUGAGGUCUUCCAGACCGUGAGCGAGGGGCUCAAGAAACUCUACAAGACCAAGCUGCUGCCUCUGGAAGAGUAUUACCGCUUCCACGAGUUCCACUCGCCGGCCUUGGAGGAUGCUGAUUUCGACAACAAGCCCAUGGUCCUGUUGGUGGGCCAAUACUCUACUGGCAAGACCACCUUCAUCAGGUACCUGCUGGAACAGGAUUUUCCAGGCAUGAGGAUUGGGCCUGAGCCAACCACUGAUUCCUUCAUAGCAGUGAUGCAGGGAGAUGUGGAGGGGAUCAUCCCUGGGAACGCCCUGGUGGUGGAUCCGAAGAAACCCUUCAGAAAGCUCAACGCCUUCGGCAAUGCCUUCUUGAACAGGUUUGUGUGUGCGCAGCUGCCCAACGCUGUUCUAGAAAGUAUCAGUGUCAUCGACACACCGGGGAUCCUCUCUGGUGAGAAACAGAGGAUCAGCCGAGGGUAUGAUUUUGCUGCUGUCCUCGAAUGGUUUGCUGAGCGGGUGGACCGAAUCAUCCUGCUCUUUGACGCCCACAAGCUUGACAUCUCUGAUGAGUUCUCAGAAGUCAUCAAGGCCCUCAAGAACCACGAGGACAAGAUGCGAGUGGUGUUGAACAAGGCUGACCAGAUUGAGACCCAGCAGCUGAUGCGGGUGUAUGGGGCCCUCAUGUGGUCCCUGGGGAAGAUUGUGAACACACCAGAGGUGAUCCGGGUCUACAUUGGCUCCUUCUGGUCCCACCCUCUCCUCAUUCCUGACAACAGGAAGCUCUUUGAAGCUGAAGAGCAAGACUUGUUCAAAGACAUUCAGAGUCUACCCCGUAAUGCUGCUCUUCGAAAGCUCAAUGAUCUCAUCAAGAGAGCCCGGCUGGCCAAGGUCCAUGCCUAUAUCAUCAGCUCCCUAAAAAAGGAGAUGCCCUCAGUGUUUGGGAAGGACACCAAAAAGAAAGAGCUGGUGAACAACCUGGCUGAGAUCUAUGGCCGGAUUGAGCGAGAACACCAGAUCUCCCCUGGGGACUUCCCCAACCUGAAGAGGAUGCAGGAUCAGCUGCAGGCCCAGGACUUCAGCAAAUUCCAACCACUGAAGAGCAAGCUGCUAGAAGUGGUUGAUGACAUGCUGGCCCAUGACAUUGCCCAGCUCAUGGUGCUGGUACGCCAGGAAGAGACCCAGCGGCCUGUUCAGAUGGUGAAGGGCGGAGCAUUUGAGGGAACCCUCCAAGGGCCCUUUGGGCAUGGCUAUGGAGAGGGAGCUGGGGAGGGCAUUGAUGAUGCCGAGUGGGUGGUGGCCCGGGACAAGCCUAUGUAUGAUGAAAUCUUCUACACCUUAUCCCCGGUGGAUGGCAAGAUUACGGGCGCCAAUGCCAAAAAGGAGAUGGUGCGCUCCAAGUUGCCCAACAGCGUCCUGGGGAAGAUCUGGAAGCUAGCCGACAUUGACAAGGAUGGCAUGUUGGAUGAUGAGGAGUUUGCCCUGGCCAACCACCUUAUCAAAGUCAAGCUAGAGGGGCAUGAGCUGCCCAGUGAGCUGCCUGCCCAUCUCCUCCCUCCAUCUAAGAGGAAAGUAGCGGAGUGAGAGAGCCAGGCAGCUUCAGACAGACAGUGUCAAAAGAGAGGAUAGACGUGAUGACCACACACACACACACACACACACACACACACACACACACACACACACAC